AUGUUGCGCGCCACUUUCGCUCCCGUCGUCCGCGUGGCCCAAAAGUUUGCGCUUAAUCAGCGCCCACGCUCCCUUCAAGCCGCCGUAUACCACCCAGUAAAGGUCCCGACGCGUGGCUUGACGUCAACACGUUCGCGAUUGAGUGCGGAAAAGCCAACCGCUAAUUCGAGCGCAAAGGAUGGACAAACGGCACCGGACGCUCUGGUGCUCACGCCCUAUGAGAAGGUGACAGCAACGGCUACUGGCGGGUUCUGGCUAGGUCUAAUGGGUCUUGGAGCGAUCGGCGUCUACUUUGUCGCCCGUGAACUGCUGCCUAACCGAAUGAGCCCUAACGGUCUUUACAGUGAGUCACUGGACAUUGUCUCGAACAACACUGACGUUGUCUCACGACUUGGCCUGCCGAUCCACGGCUAUGGCCACGACCACGGUGGCCAUCGAGAAGGUCGUCGUAACCGCAUUGAGCACGUGAAUCUUACGGCUAAGGACGGGACUCCACGUCUUCGCAUCAAGUACAACAUUAAGGGACCUUCGGGUCACGCUUAUGUCUUCGCCGAAGCGAACAAGAACAUGAAGAAGGACGAGUACGCGUAUCUCAUUGUGCAGGUGACGAAGACUGGCGAGUUGCUGAAAAUCUUUGACAAUCGACAACUUCUUGCGGCGGAAACUAAGGAGGAGCAGGACGCCCUACGCCAGCUACUCGGCAACUAG